CGAUACAUUAUUUAAUUCGACGUUCGCGUGAACGGGUGGUACCAUAAAAUUAGCUUAAAACGAUUACAAGUCGCAAAGGUGCAGGUAUUAAAUAAUAAUAAACAAUUUACCAUGUCCGAAGAGCAGUCGCGGACUAUGGAAACCGAUCAAAUACACUUUGUGCGCGAAAAGCUGCAAAAGUUUCAGAGCAAAAUGUUGCUUGACUUUGAUCAGCGAUUGUCCUGCUUGAUCGAGGAUGUGCUGCAGGACAUACGACAGCAAGAGUUGCGUGCGCACGAAUUCCGGCACUUUGAUAUCUCCACUUCCAGGGAGAGGGGCCCAGUGGCCAAUGCCACAUGGCACAAUCGACGGCAGCUAGCAUCUUCGAUCAAAUCAACGACAGACUUUGACGUAAUCGACUACCCAAAUGGGCAGGCGGAUGCCCAAAAUGAAACGACCAAAGCGCAAACACAACAACAACAGCAAGCGGAACAAAGAAGACGACGUCAGCUGCCGGACAAAGUGUUUGUGACUCGCGAAUCGUAUUUGACGGCAUUGCUCCAGGUGGAGCACAUGCGCACCAUUUAUCACAUAUUCGGCAUAAUUCUGGUAAUGUUUCUGCUCAACGUCAUUUGCUACGACUACUUUGUCGAGGGCAACUUCAAUCUUGGCCUGGGCACAUUCCGGGGCGGCCUCAAACGCCUCCAUUGGGUUAUGGGCGUUUGGCUGCUGGAGCACAUCUUUGUGCUGACCUUGUUCUAUGCAUUCCAGGGCUGGGCUGUAGUGCGUGCCAAGCUGCAAUCUUACAGCUCGUUGCAGCGCUUUUGGUCGCACAGCUGCCUGAUCCUGUAUGUGAGUGCCCAGCUGGUGUUUGGCUAUGUGUCCACCUCGUUGUGCCUGAAGUUCCAGCUGCCGUUUGUGAGUGCCUGUGUGCUGCUCCUGGAGAGCACUCGACUCUUGAUGAAGAUGCACGCUUUUGUGCGCUACAAUGCGGAACGAGUGCUGCUCGGCAAGCAGAAGACAGAUGAUGAUGAUCUCCAACAUCCUGCACGUUCUCCGUAUGUGCCGCCACUGCAUUGCUAUGUGUACUUUCUGUUUGCGCCCACACUCAUCUAUCGGGAUAGCUAUCCACGCACCUCGCACAUUCGCUGGAAGUUUGCGCUAUGCCGCCUCCUGGAGAUUGUUGCGAUUGCAUUUCUGUAUGCCUUCAUCCACGAGCGGCACAUUCACGAGCAUUUCGGCAAGAUUGGCAAGGAGUCGCUGGGUGCACCACAAUUGAUCGUCAAGUUCUUUGGCAUGAUUCUGCCGAGUGCGGUAAUCUUCUUGUGCGGCUUCUAUAUGAUACUGCACUCGUGGCUGAACUUUACAUCGGAGUUACUGCGUUUCGGGGAUCGCAUGUUCUACAAAGACUGGUGGACAUCCCACACUUACGAUAGCUACUAUCGCAACUGGAACGUCGUCGUCCACGAUUGGCUCUACGAGUAUGUUUAUCGGGAUGUCUACAGGCACAUUUUCAAGGGCUCCAAGCUGGCUGCAUCGCUGCUGGUGUUCAUGAUAUCGGCACUGGUGCAUGAACAGGUGCUGGGAUUUGCGCUCCAAGUGUUCUUCCCGGUGAUGUUUGUGCUGUUUGGUGGUGUGGGCGUAGCAUUGGUGUUCCUCAUGCGCAGAGCCCCCAAGAAGCUGGGCAACAUAUUGCUCUGGUUCUCGCUGAUCUCUGGCAACGGCAUGCUGAUCUCACUGUAUGCCAUGGAGUAUUAUGCAAAGCGUAAUUGUCAGCUGGAAAUGGUCAGUUGGUCGGAUUAUUUAACGCCAGCGAUCUGGCGUUGCUAUCAUUAGUUGUUCGAACAAAAAUCUUAUGUUUAGAGUUCUAGUUGUAAUUUGUACACAAAUACGUUUUGUAUUUUAUACUUAAAUAAACUUAAUGAACAAUUCA